AUAGCACUUAAUUUACAUCAUUUUCUUCCUUACCUACUUCCGAUAUAUCUAGACACUUUAAAUGUUCAUAAUUACCAUCUAUUUUCUUACUUUCUAUUCAAAUAUGCUUAAGAUCGAGAUUGAAUUCCGUAUGUGAACGUUGAUUAAAACUCUGUCAUAUUUAAGAAGUAUGUGUACGUUGUUUAAGAGAAAGAAAAACCUGUUAUAUUUAAGCAAAUCAUAAUGGAAUCGCUUCGUUUAGGAUUUACAGGUGUUAUUUUCUUUAUAGUGGUAGGAAUCAAACCGUCGUAUUCAAUCACUUGUGGGACUUUAAACUUCGAAACUCACACAGUAAUGGAAUGUCAGACUGCACGCUUAAUUUACACACCAAACAAGACACAAACACACGAAAAGCGCCAAUGGGUCAGAGAAAUUAACUCAAAACCGACGAGUAUUUAUGACAAGACGUCAACUAAUGAAAGAAAGUAUAUCGAAUCAAAACAAAACGAAAGUUUCAUCCUGUCUAUAUCAGAAGUAAGUUCAACAGAUAAUGGGAACUACCGUGUAAUUUGUGACGACGGAUUAUAUACUUCCCGAUCAACAUUAAGCGUAUCCGUUAUUACUAAUGGUUGCAAAGAACAAUGUGGCAUACUUACAACUACAAAACGUACAAUCACAGAAGGAGAUUCAGUAGCACUUCAAUUCUCUGUAGAUCCCGGCAAAGACGUAACUUUUGAAAAGAAAGACGAGUCGACUUUUAGAAAACUGAAUGAUGCAAUUUCAGUGAAUGAAGAGAAAAAUGUCCAUACCCUCGAUAUUUUAAAAACAGAAUAUAGCGAUAGAGGCGAAUACAGAGUUAAUUGCGGUGACACACAGUCGAAUUCGGUAUAUUUGAAUAUAGAAUACAGACCACCAUCGGACCCGGAAUUUUCCAGCGUUGAAACCACAGAAUAUUGUAAUCCUGGAAAAUGCAUAUUGGCUGAUCUGAAAAAAUCAGUAACGGUAGAAUGUUUUGUUCAAGGUGGAUCAAAGCCCAUAUACCUUAAUCUAUGGAAGAACGACAAGAUGCUUUCAAAUGCCACUAAAACACAAAAUGAUAUAAAUCUAAUUACCCAUUAUUAUAUCAGAUAUAGUUUUAUACCAAGUAAAACUGACAUUGGCGCCACCUUUAUGUGUACGGUGAAGAAUCCAGCCCUUCAAGAACAAUUAAAAACAUCAGUCAAUUUGUAUGUUACAGUUCCACCAAACAAGAUCGACGUAAUUGUCAACGAGGUAAUAGAAGGAAAACAAAGUGAAGUUCAUUGUAUUGCAAGGAACUGCAGACCACCGUUGCUCUCUGACUUAUAUAUAGGUAGUGAAAAACAGGCUAAUGCAACAAUGAAAAAGGAAUCAGUGCCGGGUGGUCUGUAUACUAUUACCACGUCGACAACAAAAGUUUUUACACGGUUUCAUAAUCAGAAUAAGGUCGUGUGUUGCAGCCAUAUUGGUGAGACUAAAUGCGGAACGGAAAACACGUUAAAUGUUUUAUUUCCACCAAAGAAUGUUACUGUUGAAGAAAUUUUCAAACAAAAUGAAGAAAAUGGCGACACCAUGAUGACAUUAAAGUUGAAAGUCGCAGAAUCUAAUCCUAAAAGUUCUAUUGACUUCAGUGGACUUAAACAUGACCAGCAACAGCUGUUCGAGGAAAGGAAUGAUCCGGAGAAUGAAACACACGGGUGGAUAUUAACAGCGAUCUGGAACUUCACUUUUACGAAAGAUGAUAAUAUGAGGGAGAUAAAAUGUGCAGUGCAAAAUGACGGUUUUCCCGACCUUGAACUGAGUUACAUAUAUACAUUAAACAUUACAUAUUAUCCAAUAGUUACGAUAUCAGAAAAUGAACAUAAAACGGUUUACAUUGGUGAUGAUGUUGAUUUGACAUGCGACGUAAACAGCAAUCCCCUAUCAACAAUUUCGUGGCACAAUCAGACGGGCGUAAUUGAUGAGAUAUUCGAAGCAAAAAGUAUUGAACUCCAUUUAACAAACGUUUCGUCCGACCAUUCCCAGACAUAUAGUUGCAAGGCAAAUAACGGAAUUGGUGGAAUUGUAUCAAGAAGUAUAAAGCUUAUUGUGAAAGAUCCAUCUGAAAGACCAGUAACAGAAGCAAUCAAACCAUCGGCCGGGUCAAACAUCGCCUCAGUGGUGGGGCCUGUUGUAGGCUGUUUAUUUUUUGCGAUACUUAUAGCAGUUAUUGUGGUUCUUAUUAUACGUAAGAAACGAAAUAAUGAACCAUCAAACAAGAGGAAUAUCCGUGAAAUUAAAAUUGAAGAAAGACAACCAAGUUUACAUCCGACUGGAAAUGAACCCGUAUACAAUAACCCGACAGCGGCGUCUGGAAAAGCUGAGGCAGUAGAACAACCAGAUUACGCAUGCGUCAUUCCAAAGAAAGACAGAGGAGAAUCUAAUGCUAACAAUGAGGCAAUUAAAGAUCCAGGAAACAAAAAUGUAAUUAUUGAAAAAUCGAACGAGAGGGGAGACAAUCUGGUGUAUGCUGACCUAGAUCUCGCCGAAUAUCCUGACCUGGCAGCUAAGAGACCACUUGUUACUAUGCAUGAGCAGACAGAAUAUGUGUCGAUAGAUUUCAGUAAGACCGGCGCAGCAGCGAUAGUAGACAGUAAUUAAGACGAAAAUUGAAGCAUGUAAAACUUAAUUUGGGACCAUCUACAUUGUAACUGUUACGGAUAAUAAUGAGGACAAUAAACUUUAUUCCGUUACACUAGAAGAUGGGGCAACUUAAAUAACGAAAGAAAUUACCCCCAUCAGACAAACUUUUUUUAAGUUAAAUAAUUUAUUUGAUUUAUAUUGUUUAGACCUUGUUUUGUAUCGUGAAUGAUGAUUAACUUUGUCUUUAAUUUUGGUAUAAGCGGCUGAAAUGGCAGUCCAGAGAUCUGGUAAGUUUUUAAUUAGUGUUAUAGACUAACUUUAUGGGAUUUUCUUUGUAUUCUUUUUAUUUUUCAAUUUUGUUUUUGUUCGACUUUUUUAAAUAACGUUUUAUUGAUUUUAAUUUAUAUAAAGAAAUUUGCAUAUGUACAUGUAUAUAAAAAAAUGUAAACAGCCAUGCCCAUGUAGUUUAUAAGUAACAUAAUCAUAUUUAUAAUUAUUCAUCUGAUAUAAUUAGACAAAUGUCACAUACAUAUAUGAAUCAAUUUAGUCCAGGUCAUCUUGAUUUCCAACUUCCUUGUUUUUGUUGUUUAUAAGAGGUUCUCAUUUGCUAUUGUUACAGAUAAAGAUGUAACGAAAAAUCAAGGAAGUAUCUUCAUGGAAAAGAUAUUCGGCCGAAGAAAAACAGGGCCACUUACAUAUUUUAGUUCUUAGUUUUCCAAGUCAUAUUAAAAUGUUAGCAUAGCUUGCAUAACAAUGACAAUAAAAUUGAACACUUAAAGAUUUAUCUGUCUCUAAACAAAGUAAGUGACCUCAAUUUCUAACGCCAACGUCUACGACAGGCAAUUAUUUUCAUAAAUACUUUAUUUAUAUGCAAAAAUAUCAAUUGAACACAUCAAUUAUCACAUUUUAAUAAAUUAGACAGUUAUUGAAAAUCAUAAACUUAGUGUAUCUGAUAAGUUUUGAUAUAAUUCUUGUUAAUUUGGACAAAAUCUAAAGUAAAAUAAACUCAGUCAAUUCUUAAGUAAAAUAAUUGGUUACUAGAAAAUGUAAUGAGAUCUGCAUGCAGUGUGCUGUGCUGUGUGAAAUAAUUUGUGGGAGGAAGUAUUGUUAAACAGAAUCUAGAUAUUUGAGCAAUUUUACUAAAAAGUAAAAUAACUAUUCUGACUUAAUAUUUUCUUUAAGUAAUAUCCUUUACAUUUUAUUCAAUCUGACGGUAACUAUCCUUUAAAUUUAGGUUAAGAACUAUCUAUUUUAGACUGACUAAUAAUAGUAUUUUUUUUAUCAGAAUACAAAGAUUCAAUAUAAAUUAACUCAUCAAAGUUAUACAUUGCGUAAUUUGUUCGUAAAGGUAUUUUCUUUUGCAAGAAAGGUUUCGAUUGUGAAUGUGUGCGUUCGUGUGUUUUUAUGAAAGUUAUUUAAACACUUUAUCAUCAUUCUGUUUUUGUUUUAAAAAGAUUGCCUCAUGCGUUUAGACAAAUAAGAAGUUUGUUCAAAUACAUUACUUUUUGUAGUGGGAUUAUAUAAUUGCUUUAUCAUGCGUUUUGUUUGAAUGUAAAAUGUUAAGUUUUUAUCGAGAAAUAUUAAUCUUGUAUAAUCGUAUUAGUCCAAAUUUAGCGCUUGAUUUAAUCAAAUGUGUUGAGCUUUAAAACGAAAUUGGCACAGCGAAAAGUACUUCUAAAGACUUUCCAUCUUUACCAACGGGGGAAUACCUCAGGGGGAGGAGGGGGCAUUUUGCGCAUUAUUUCUGGCAUGAGCGAGUACUUUGUAGCUAAGUUUAUCCACCGAGCUCGUGUAAGCUACCAGGAUAGCAUUUACGCAUGACAUGAGUCCAAAAUCCUUGUUGGAUUUCAAACCCACAGCUUCAACAUUUACCUCGCUAAAAUGAAGACCCCUAAUAUUUUCAUCUGGUAUAAAUUUUGACCCUAGAAAAGUUUCACUCACACAGCAACUUUUUCACGAUAUUGCAAUAAUACCUAGUUCUACUACCAUUCUAGUAAUUUUAGCAUUGAUCAAUUUGUAUAAGCUUACAUUAUGCAAUGCU